UGCUGCCAGUGGUGAGCUUAUAUGCAAAGAUUUCUUCUUGUACUCAGAGAAGAAUCAAUAUGGAAUAUUUGCAACGUCAACUGCACAAAUUCCAGUGGCAGUGUUGAUGGUGGGUUGAUUUCAGCAACUGACCGACACAGACAGUCCACUGACCAUCCGAUCAAAUUCAUUUUGAGGAGGCAACCGAAUACUCUUAAAUUUAAGAUCAAACCAGGUCCUGAAGCUGGGAAUUCGGACACCCGGACGAAGAAGAUAUCAUCAUUUCUAUUUCAUCCGAUUUUGCCCCUAGCAAUAUCUGUGCAACAGACUCUAUUUUUGCAGCCAGCAGUUGUUAAUAUCCACUUCCGUAGAUAAUUCUUUGCCAUUUCCUACACGAAUUUGUAUUUUUCUGAUUGGUAAAACCAUACAUAUUUGAAAUUCUUCCCUCUCUAUAUUCAUAAAAUGCGUACGAAUUCUUGUGAGA